AUGACCAUUCAUCAUAGUCAAACCAAGGCCGUCUUUCGCGAGGGCUGCCUGCCAGAAAGACUCAGCCUGUAUGACUGUGGUGUAAUCGGGUAUCUGACCUUACCAAAGUCUACCGAGUCAGAAUGGGUUGAGAUCAUUCCUCCAGAGAUUAAACAUAUUUUCCAGAUCCUUGGCCCGCGUUCGAACAAGUUGACUAUAACUUGCCAGUCAUACUCUCGGGACGAUGAGCCAUAUUAUGCCGCCAAAUUCCCCAUUCUGGCAGAGGGGUACACAGCGCCAUGUUUGGAGUCAUCCGAGGAUGAAGAUUAUCAGUUUGAAUCGGAUAUUGUCAAGAGUGUGCCAAACGCGAUGGAGAAAUAUCGCGCUCAAUAUGGGCGAGACACGAUUAAUGUGUACUGGAAGGUUUCCGACCGUGAAUUGAAACUUCCUGAGCAAAGGUACGAAUUGAAUAGAAGUGGGUGGAAGAUAGUGAAGCAAGAGCCUGAUUUGAACCGUCAAGACUCGCAUCCAUAUGGACCGGGUGUUCAUCUGACAUUGAUGAGAGAGCCAGUUAUUGUGACAGAUGCUUGA